AUGACUACCCGAACGCCCUCCCUCACCCUGUCCGAUUACCUCGAGAAGCUCCCCGGCACCACCUACCGCCGGCUCUACCAACAACCUUCGACCACGUUCGCCAUCUUCCGUCGCAUGUUGCCAAACCUCGCCAAGACCAUGGUUAUGGCCUUGCUCUACAUGCCCGACCCUCUCCCGCUAGAUCACAUCGAGACCUGGGUCAAGCCCGAGGCCAAGCGCGCGCGAGACCAAGCUCUCGGUAUCCUGCGCCGGCUGCACAUCAUCGGCAUCAGCUCCGCCGGCAAGGAGAAGUCCAGGCAGUUUCUCUCGCUCACGACUAACUUUCGUGCUUCCAUGCGUCUUGCCCUCGAGGGCGGCGGCGAUCACCAGAGCUUCGGCGUUCCUAGUAGCGAGCCGGUGCCUGCACACCUCGAUAUUGCCUUCCUCGACCGAGUCGCACGGAAGAAGUGGGAAGAUAUUCUGCACUAUGUGGUCAAUAGUGUUGAGCUGGGCGGCGCCGGCUCCAUGGGCGGCAAGGGCGCGGGCCCCAACUCGAGUGUCAAGGAGCUUCUCGUCGCGGGACGGCUCGUGGAGCGGACAGAGAUGGGCGGCGUGCGCAUCACCCAGGCAGGCUUCACAUUCCUCCUGCAGGAGGCCAACGCGCAGGUGUGGACCCUGCUACUGCAGUGGCUCGACGCUGCCGACAUUGCCACUGAGAUGCACGAACGGGGCCAAAAGACAACGCGCGGUCAUGGACUGGAUAGCGUCGACAUGCUGUCCUUUCUGUUCAUGCUGGCCAGCCUCGAGCUCGGCCACGCGUACGACACGGCCGCGCUGACCGAGAUGCGACGGAACAUGCUGCCUGAUCUUAUGGAUUUCGGACUGGUGUUUGUCGACUCAGCCCAUGCAGGUCAAUACUAUCCUACACGCCUAGCGACAACUCUUACGAGCGGGGCCGGGGCGCUGCGUAGCGUUUCGGCGGGCGUCGACGCGGCUAUCGCCAGCAACGCGGACGGCGUGGCGGACAGCGGCCAGAAGACGGGAUUCAUAAUCCUCGAGACCAACUACCGCAUCUACGCAUAUACCUCCUCGCCGCUGCAGAUCUCCGUCCUGGCUCUCUUCUGCGAGCUGAAGCACCGUUUCGCGGGCAUGGUCACAGGCCGGCUGACCCGCCGGUCCAUCCGCAGUGCCGUCGCUUACGGCAUCACGGCCGACCAGAUCAUCAGCUACCUCGCGACGCACGCCCACGACCAGAUGCACCGCAUGGCGGCGCUCAACAACAAGCCCGUCCUCCCGCCCACAGUCGUCGACCAGAUCCGCCUGUGGCAGCUCGAGAACGAACGCAUGAAGACGUCUAAGGGAUUUUUGUUCAAGGAGUUUGACACCCCACAGGAGUAUGAGAGCGUGGCGCGCUAUGCAGAGGAGAUCGGCGUCCUGGUGUGGAAGAGCGACGUCAAACAGAGCUUCUUCGCCAGCAGACACGAGCAGCUGCGGGACUUCCUGAAGCAGCUGAAGAACCGGCGGGAUAUCUAGGGAGAUGCCGCCUUCGAGGACUCGGAUGAAGGAAGUUCCGGUCGCUCCCCAGAGACCGAGUUUGCGCGUGCUAUGCGAUUUGGAUGGGGUGACGACGUCUAUGUGUCAAGGCCCGAGAUGAGGAGGGAGUCUCAGCGGCCCAGGCAAAAAUACAAGAUCAAAAUCAACUAUGAAGCCAAGGUCGUCGGUAGCGCGCUGCUUUGAGUCUUCUUUGAGGAUUUUGAAGUGGCACUGUGGGUGGACUGUUAUGGUGCCAGAUGGCAUCCAGGCUACGGCGUUCAGGAUGUUGACGGAUGAAAAAGGACAAACGAGGAAAAAGCCUCAGGGCGAUGGGCUCCACAUUUGAUCGAGGCGUUGGAUGUGAUGCUUAAUUGGGAAAGGAAUGUUAUUGGUUUGAGGGUACGACAGGCGUUUUAAUAAAAGAUUAUGACAUGCCG